GAUUUUAACAACUAUACUGAUGUCUAAUGCUGCCCAAAUAGGUCGGAAGUAGAUAAAUCCGAGUAUCCCUGAAAGGCUAAGCUUGCUUAUGCUUAGGAAGUUCUGUGUUGAUUGAGCUUGGUUUCUACCUAAGCUUGAUAUCUACAGGUUCUUAUUUGGUGUCAUGUUGUUACAUGGAUGUUGAUCUAAACGCCCUAUAUCCUUUCUACGAAUUUACGAUACCUACCUGUGGGUGAUUAUACACACACCGACGAACUUCAUGUAACAAGAUGGGGAAUCUGGAACAUCCAAAAUCGCAGAUAGCUGAAAAUGGGGACUUAGCACCACCGCCAUAUUCAGAAGUUGUCCCGGAGUACCAUUCACGGAGCGCGACGCAACCAGGAGGCAUUCCUAAUGUAUCGUCAAACACCGUGCUUACCCUUUAUCGGCCACUUCCAUCGAUUUUAGAUGCACAUUACCAAUGGAGGAUUAGUACCAUAUUCCAUCUAGGCAGCAUUACAGAUAAACGACUCUUCGCUGUUGCAGUGCACACGGGUUUGAGUGGAAAGGGGCCGGGAAGACCAGGUGUGAUCUUGCAUAAUGGGCCAACCGACAAGGACCCGAUGCUCGCUGCGGCUGGCGAUGAGAACGGUAAUAUUUCGUCACUGAACAGCAUCAUUACCUUAGCUCGACCUUCAGGUGGCGCCUCUAACGAGAAUUACACGGAAAUCAUGCAUGCUGCCACGAGUUCGGGCACGGCAACAUUCCGAUUUUCAACUGAGACAGGACACAAACAAGGAGUGCGGCGUGAGGAUUUUGAGUGGCGGAAGAGCAAAGGCGACCAGGAUAAGAACUUAGUCGAUUCGCCGUGGAAGUGCGGGUUCAAGCUGUUGAGACUCUCAAACCGGUCAGGGAAGGACGCAAAUCUGGGCGAUGGGGCAUCACAAGGAAGCACAAGUGGAGGACCAGAGGUCGUCGCUAUUUUCGCCUGGAACAGUAAUUGGUCAGUGAUGAAUCCCUUCAGGAUCGAAUUCAGGGAGAGUGGGCAGACGGGUGAGCUAGGAGAGAAGUUUGCGGUCAUAGCUAUUAUCACAGGCUUGAGACUGUGGACACUUAAGCACCAGGGCAGAACUUCUGAGAAUACUAUCGCGUCUAGGGAGGCCGAGCUUGCGGGAUUAUACCCGGAGCUUCAGACUAGACUGACAGGACGUGAAAUAAACGAGUGAUACUGAAGUUA